AUGGCCGCGCCCAUCCGCUCCAUCCUCCGCCGUCCCGGCCGUGCUCGCCCUCGUCAUGGCGCCGCUGAGCUUCCCCGUCGCCGCCCACUCUCCCGCUUCAGCCCGGCCAAGGCCCAGGUCGCCUCGCCUCAACCUCCGGCCGCACGCGAUCGUGCCGGUCUCGCUGAGCGCAAGCCGUUGUCUCAGACCUACUUCGAUGCGACAGGCCUGAGGUGGGUUGGUGCCGGCUCCGAGGGCCCGAACGACCCCAAUAAGGCCAAACUGGGCAAGACUUUACGAGUCCUCCAAGAACGAUUGCCCACCCUCCUCCAAUCUCCGCUCCCUCACGAACUUCUCGCGCCGAAUAUCUCACUCCAUCUGUUCCCCUCCACCCAUCCCCAUCUUCCCACCGUCUCCGGCCGUGUUGCCUAUAAUGCGGCCCUCUGGACUUCACCCAUCGCCUGGAACCGAGUUCCCAUCAUUGGCAAUGUCCGCAUCGAGAUCCUCGCUGAGCGCAUGACCUCAGAACCGCUCACAUUCCUGCCCCGCCGGUCUGGCGCCAUCCCCGAGCAGCUGGUCGUCCGCUGGUGCGAGAAGCGCAAGGAAUUGACGCCCUCUAGCGGCGGUGCUGUCAGCGCCAUUGCCCGAUCACUGCCCUUUGUCGGCCGCGGCGUCGACCCUAACAAAGCCUUCACCGGCCUGUUCAUAUUCGACUUCGAUGGCGAGGGGCGCAUCCUCAGUCACACCAUUGAACAGGCCCACGCCGGCGGCGAUUGGGAGGGCGGCGUAGGUGCAAAGUUCGUGGGGUUGACGGAUUGGUUGCUUGGGGGCAUGAAACCCAACGAUACACCGAUCCCCAUGUUCGAGAGGCUAAGAAGACGACGGCUGGAAUAG